CAAUUACUCUGUGGUUCAAUUGUUUACAUUUUUCGUGUACCUUUUUAUCAACAAAUUUACUCAUUUAUUACCAAAUUCUGUAAAUAUUUAGAAUUUUCUAAGUUAAAAUAUAAAUUGUUUUUUAAGAAUUCAAAAUGAAUGCAAUAAAUAUAAACAUAGAAGGUUAUAAUAUGAAUGGCAUUUGUGUUGGCUGCUUGAACCACAAUCGCAAAAUGUUUUUCAGUGAAGAAGUUAAGAAUUGCUAUAAAUUACUGGGGAACAUUGAUGUCCCCGAGGGUCUGACUCUGCAGGUGUGCUGGGAGUGCCUGGCCGCGGUGCGCGUCAUGAGCCGCUUCCGCGCACAGAUGCUGCGCUCCUACCAAGUGCUCAUCGACUACUCCAGAGAGCACACAUUCCUCUACUCCCCGGCGGACCUGGCGCGCCACGCGACGCAGCGGCUGCAGGUGUCCCGCCUACCGCCCACGGAGCUGCCACCGCCUGAUGAGGUCAAGGUGGAGGUGGCUGACGUGGACGAUCAGGUUAAGGAGGAAGUUUCAGAAGACAAGUUUGAAGACUUCUACAAGGAUGAGCCUGACCACUUCAGUGAUUCAAACGAUGCUCUAACAAUACUUGAAGAACCAGCUCACACGGAACCAGUAGAAAUCAUACAAGACGAUAUCCCCAGAGUGAAGAAAGAAAACAAAGUUAAAAAGAAACUCAAAAAGGAUGACAAGAAAAAAGUUAAAAGAAAAAGUUCCAAGGACAUAGACAAGUCGGAAAGAAAAAGCUCUAAAGACAAGGAAAGAAAGAGCUCGAAAGACAAAGAAAGAAGAAAAUCGAAAGAAAAACGAAAAGGCUCCAAAGAGAAGAAGAAAACGGGGAAGUUUAAGAAGUUUUCUGAAGAGCUAGUAGAAACCUACACGAUGACAGAAGCAGAGAUGUGGGCCCAGCGCUCCGAGGACGCGUCGCACGAAGACUUCCUGCGGCUGCGGCACCGCUGCGGCUCCUGCCUCGUGGGCUUCCACAACGCCCGGUUCAUGCAGGCGCACGUCGAGAACAAGCAUGGGGAGCAAAAAGUAGCACUAAGUGCACGAUUUAAAGUAAUGAUGACGGAGGCGGAGAUGUGGGCCCAGCGCUCGGACGACGCCUCGCACGAAGAUUUCCUGCGGCUGCGGCGCCGCUGCGGCUCCUGCCUCGUGGGCUUCCACAACGCCCGGCUCAUGCAGGCGCACGUCGAAAAUAAACAUGGGGAGGACCCAACCUCCCCCCAAUGCGACGUCUGCCGCUGCACAGUCAACCCGCGCGAGUUGCCCGCCCACCGCGAGCAGCACCUCACAGCACUGCGCUGCCGCCGCUGCCCCUUCCGCACUGCACUGGUGAGGCUGAUGUCCGGACAUGUGAGGCAACAUGAUACACCGGUGGUGCUGAAGACGUAUAAGUGCAAUGUUUGCGGAGAUGAAUUUAGUUCAAAGACAGACGUGCUGCAACACAAGAACCUGUCCCUCUCGUGCAAGGACGAGAACCCCAAGUGCGACUGCUGCGGGAAGCUCUUCGCCAACAAGCUGAGACUGCGCGUGCAUCUGGAGUACAUGGCGGGCAAGAAGAGCAGCAACAAGCCGGAGAAGCUGCAGAUCCCGUGCGAGGAGUGCGGCAAGAUCUUCUUCUCCAAGAAGACAUAUAAGAACCAUGUCGUGAUCCACGACGGCGUGACGCACCCGUGCCCGGUGUGCGGCAAGCUGUUCCAGUGGAAGGGGAACCUCGCCAGGCAUCUGAGACUACAUGCGGAUAAGAAGGUGGGCGCCCGCUACGAGUGCCGGCAGUGCGGCAAGCGUUUCUCGUCUCGCGAGGGCUACAACAAGCACAUGCGCUACACCAAGACGCACGGCGCCGGCGUGCUCGAGGUCAACAGGUUUGCGUGUGACCACUGCGGCAAGAAGUUCCAGAGCAAGAUCAUCCUGGUGGACCACAUCGACUGGGACCAUCUCAAGAAGGUCAAAUACGUCUGCGCUAUAUGUCAUAAGCCGUUCAAGUCGCAGCUGACGCUGUCGGCGCACGUGAACAACAUCCACGAGGGCAAGAAGAAGGUGGAGCCGGAGGGGGAGCACCUGUGCGACAUGUGCGGGAAGUACUACAAGACGGUACGCAAGCUCAAGGACCACGUUUCCCAAGCGCACGCGCAGCGCACCAAGUCGUUCAAGUGCCGCCUCUGCCCCGCCGUGUUCAUCUGGCAGACCUCCAUCUACAAACACAUGCGGAAUACCCACGGGAACGGGAACGCCAAGGGAAAGGGGCCUAAGAGGGGCAGGGAGAUGAUGAAUGUCGUGUGAGUGUGUAAAUGAA